AUGAGAAUUUUGAAAGAAUUUCUUAGAAACCGGGUCGAUUCACAGUCGCCAAGAAUCGACGUUUGGGGAUUCGGACUUGUUCUUCAAGAGAUGAUCACCCUCGAGCACGCGUUUGGUCGUCAAGAAGGACAGCCAGCUGAUGAGAUUAGAAUUGUCGAGAACAUGAAGUUUGGAAAACGAACUAAUUUUUUUCAAAUAUUCGGAGAAACGGACGAAUUUGGGGAAUUCGAAAUUCUGAUUCAAAAAUGUCUUCAUCCAACUAGAGAAUUGCGCCCAAAUAACAUGAUGAUUGUGAAGAACGUAGAGAUCUUCUCCGAUUUUGUCCAACGGAUCGAGCGAGGGGAGCUUCCAAGUGAUAUCAUGGCAACUUCAGGGGAAAUGAUAGAAAAAUUACGAGAUGAAAAUCGGCAGAAAGAUCAACAAAUUCAAGUUCUCGAGAACAUUGUCAAAAAUCAGAUUCGCGAAUUCGAUCGUCUCAAAAAAGAACUCGAUUCUGAAUGUGAAACAGAAGAAUUUGGGCCUAAUCGGAUGAAAACUGAGCUUCACUGGAAAAACGAAGAACUUCAGUCUCUUCAUCGUCGAAUUCAUGAGCAAGAUCGCGAAAUUUCCCGACUUUCCAGAGCCGAAGAAGACCUCCAUCGAAACAUCAAAGAACUGAUGACUAAGCAUGAAGACAUCGUUCUUCAAAAAAUGCAAGCAGAAGAACAGCUCCAAGAUUAUGCGCAAAGAAACGAAGCUGAUCAGAAAAUAAUUGAAGAACUACGAAAAAACGGAAGGUUUGGGUCAAUCGAAGAUGCUCCCUUUGAAAACGACCGCGGAGUCACAAAAGCUGUCGACAAGGAAAGUGGUGCGACUGUUAUGAUCAAGUGGAUCACGGCCAAAGGGCCAAAGUAUAUCAAAGCAGCGGAAGAAGAGGCGCAAAAACUGCGAGAUUUGAGCGCACAGAGCCGGUUUUUCGUCAAAUUCAUCGACUUUUUGCCAAAAAUGCGGCCGGACUGGUGGGAAUGGAGUAUUUUGUCCUUUAUCGUCAUGGAGUUCUGCCCCGGUGGCUCUUUGAAGGACUGGAUUGAUGCAAGAAAACCCCAAGGUCGGAGAACUACUGUCAAGGAAGCGACUGUAAUCGGAACGCAAAUUGCUUUGGCGCUGAGUUUUUGCCAUUCUCGAAAAAUUGCUCACUUGGAUGUCAAACCCGCAAAUGUGAUGAUGAUGAGCGAUGGCUUCACUAUCAAACUGGGCGAUUUCGGCAUUUCAACACUUCUCGAUUCAGUUCGAGACACUAUUACAACCAAAGGCUUGCAAGGAAUCGUCGAGCAUACUCUUCUCUACAUCACUCCAGGAAAUUUUUAA